GUAUCAGAGAGCCCUUUACGUUGCUCCAUUUGCUCUCGUGGUCCUGGUGAGACAUCUUGGCUUCGAUGGGUGUACAACAAACAAAGCAAGUUGAGACGCCCGGUGGGCGGGCGCUGCAUGGACUGCAACAAGAUGGUCCAAUCAGCGCUGGAGCGGAAGGUCUUCGGCCCUGACGUGUGCACGGCCAACGCUGUGUGGAAACACAAAGGCCUGAGAAGCAGAGCGACCAGCUACCGAGACGAGUGGUGCCGGAUGUCGCCGGCGGAGCGCUUGCGUGCGCACAUGGGCGCAGUGGGACAGCAGGCUGUGCAGCUUGUUGAGACUGACGAGGCCGUCCUCACGACGACGCCGUAUGACCUGCUGCCGCUCGAAGAGCCGUUGCAAGACAAGGAUGCAAUGUGCGAGAUUGUGACCUACCAGGGGAGGAACUACAUCCGCAAGCCUGCGAGCUCGUUGUUCCCACCGCCAGGCGCUUACCGCAUCCAGGGCCGUAAGGCUCUGAGUGCGUGCAGCACCCUGACCUCUGACAAGGAGUCCGCCAAGUCCCUGUGGAUGGACUUCCACAGGGAUAAUGAGAGGACGGCAGCGAGUACGACAUUUUUGCAAGAAGACAUUUUCAGCGUGUCCAAGUUUGAGCGGUGA